AUGCCCGCCAGACCUCGAUCCGUGCCUCCCACUUUGUCCACCAGCACCCGCGUCACCCGCAGCAGCCACGCCAACCUCCCCUCGCCGUCCGACGGCCUCAUCGCCGUGCACCGCACCAGCACCAUCAACCACGAUCCUGCCGCCGCUGCCGUCAACACUACCACUAGCAAUGCCGCCGCCUCCUCCUCCUCCCUCGCCGGCUCGCGCCUCGCCGCGCAGGCCGACGCCCUCGCCAAGAUGACGCUGGAGAUGAACCUGCGCUCCGUCAGUAAGCAGGCCGACCGCCUGGAGCGGGAGCUGCGGGCGCUCGUACGGAGCACAGCCCAGGACGAGGCCUUUCGCGCGCAGCACGAAAGCCGCCUGCAGGACAUGUGGAAGGAGAUUCUCGCCGUCAAGGCGCACGUGGCCCGGGACGACGACCGCCGCGACACCAAGAACCUCGCCGACGAGGAGUGCAGGCGGGAGACGCGCCGCGUCAUGGACCAGAUGCGCAGCGAGGUCGCGGGCGUCAGGGAAAUGGUCAGCGGGCUGGCGUCGACGCUCGCCGAGAUGCCGUCCGCGGAGCAGAUGCAGGCCGCGCUGAGCCAGAGCAGCGAGGGCGAUGCCGCAAGGGACCGGCAAGAGGAUCCGGGUUCGAAGCAGCAGCAGCAGCAACGUCGCUCAUCAUCGAGUCCGUCGAUACAGACUCGCAUCCAGGACGCCAUCAAGUCUACCCGGCGCUGGAACCGCGACCACAAGACGACUCGCCUCGGCGAGGCCAUCUUUUGCGCCAACUACUUCAGGCAGCAGUCGAAGCGCGACGCCCGCAUGGCCGUGUUCCUGCAGCGGUCCGUCCAGCGGCGCGUGCAGGCGCGCUUUCCUGGCCGCCCGCUGCGGCCGCACAGCCUCGAGGACUUUUGCAAAGUGGUGCAGUGGACGGAUAUCAAGGCGGUGGUGGAGGAGCUGCUCCUGCGGAACACGACGGACGUGAUGGACGCGUUGCAGAAUAUAUGA